GAGGUCUCGCUUACCCAUCAUUUCGGCCAUUUCAGCCAUGCUCUCGGGAAAGUUGCUGCGCCGAGGCCUCCAGCGCGCGGUGUGGCGGGCGCCGCAGCCCGCACGCAGCUUCGCUGCUGCUGCAGCGGAGAAGGUGGAGGACGACGCGCCGUGCGGACACGAGGCAAAAGGACCCGACUGCUGGAAGUGCCACCACGCGACGGACUGCUGUUCCUUCUUCUGCGGCUCGUGCAACGCCAUCCAGCCUAUUAACAAGAGCUGCCACUGCGACUACUUCGAGAUGUUCAAAAUCCCCAAGCACUUUAACCUGGAGCAGCGCAGCAUCGAGAAGACGUACUGGAACCUGCAGAAGCGCCUGCACCCGGAUCUGUAUGGAUCCAAGUCGGAGUUCGAGAAGGAACUUUCUGCUGUGAACGCUGCAGUCAUCAACGAUGCCUACAAGAUGCUCAAGAAGCCCAACACGCGCGUCAAGUAUCUGCUGGCGCUGCACGGAAUUGAUGCGCUCGGAGAGACCGCAAGCACUGCUGUAGACCCUGAGCUGCUGAUGCAGACCAUGGAGAUCAGAGAACGCAUCGCAGAAGCACAGGAUGUGGACGCGCUGCAUGAGAUUCGCAAAGAAAUCUCGGACCAUAUUGACGCCGUGAUUAAUAAGCUCGGCGAAGUGUACGACAAGGACAAGGAUCUCGAAGCCACAAAGCAAUUCGCCGUUGAGCUGCAGUACAUGGUCAAGUGUGCAGAAGAAAUUGACCUGAGGGAAGAGAAGCUGGACGGGUACUAG